CUCCAAUAAUCUCACCGCCGAGUAGCUGAGGUUUUGUUCACCAUGUUGGAGCAACUGUUCAUCGUAGUUGCCGUGUGACCAAUACUUUUAUCAUGUCAGCGGCUCCACCGGAGCGCCGCGGGCCCAGAGAGUAGCGGUUCAGCCGGGGGAGCGUCUCCCUCCCUGCAGCGGGCUCACCGACUCUCGGCGACACGGACGAAAGGACUUGUGUUUUGAUUUGGGGAUAACACGGACACAGAUUAGCUCCAAGCUGUCAGCUGAGCACUACUGUCUCCUGUCCAGCUCCUGGCAGCCGCAGGAGAACUGAUCCCGCAUUAACAGGAUUCACUUUUCCCCGCAUUGUUAUUUUGCCUGGAUGCUUUUCCAGCCUGCGGGAGGACAGGAGGACGCACACCGAGCACCAGGCAGCUGUCGAUGGGGGAAAUAAGUUGUCUCGCCGAGGAUUUAUCCUGUGUUUUGAGUCAUGGUGGAAGCUUCGUGUCUGUCCGGCUGAUGGGGGUUUGUGUGCGGGCGCUUGGCUCGGUGGCUCGGUGUAAUAAUAAUAUGUGAGUGCGGUGGACGACCGAGGCCUGGGCCUGCCUGCCUGCCUGCUUGUCUGUGCGCGCUGUUGUUUUGUGGCCUGGGCUGGGAAACACCUCCUCUGCACUGGAUCAGCAGCGUUAAUCACGGCCCCGCAGAUUACAGGGAGGCUCUCUGGAUUCAGUUUGAGGGGGAAUAGAUGCUGUGUGGAGCCCCGGAGCCGGAUCACAGCGCGAGGCAAACUUGGACUGAGUUAAAAGAUGAACGCGCUGCCCCCCAUGUGACAAGCUCUCAAUCUGACUGAGGUUCACUGAGGAGGGAGGGGGCGCCACCUCCAUCAUGAGGGACAUCUAGGGCCAAACAGUUUUUCUUCAGUGAGGGGGGCGCGGGUUGUUUUCUCUUCAGUGUUUUGGUUUCUCAUUGUUAGUGGAUACACUGUUUGAUGCUGCACGCGCGCUCAUGAUAUGAUUUCCGUUAUGAGCCCCGGGCUGCAGCAGCCUGAUGGUGUGCAGGCAGAGAAUUUAAUUUAGAGGAAGUGGGUCAGAUCCUGGUUGGCAUUAUGAUAAGGAGGGACUCCCCGCAGACCCAGAGUAGCUGUUGUUGGACCAUUUAAAGCUCAGACCUGAUUUCUACAUGUUUCUGUAGUGGUUGUGUUGCAGCCUGGUCGCCAUUAUCAUCACUUUUAGACGCUUUCCGCAUCAUUUUAUGGCUCUUUGCGGCACAGCGGCUACAAAUGUUUCAAAAAUGAUGGCUGCUUAUAACGGUGGCUCCUCAGCAGUGGCUGCCCAUCACCCGCAUCACCACCACCAGCUGCAGCACCUCCCGCCCCCCCACAUGCACCACCACCACCACGCGGGCCAGCAUCACCUGCAGCACCCGGGCUCCGCCGCUGCCGUGCACACGGUCCAGCAGCACGGCUCCACGGCGGCAGCUGCGGCGGUGAUGCUCAACCCCGGCCAGCAGCAGCCAUACUUUCCCUCCCCAGCACCCGGGCAAGCCCCCGGGCCGGCGGCGGCCGCGGCUCCCGCACAGGUUCAAGCCGCAGCAGCUGUCAAAGCUCACCACCACCACCAUCACCAUCAGCAGCACCAGCAGCAGCAGCACCACCUCCAACAGCAGCUCGACAUAGAGCCUGACAGACCCAUCGGAUAUGGAGCGUUUGGGGUCGUUUGGUAGGUUCACUUCACUGUAUACACCUCCUAGACAGAGCAGAGUUCGUUCAUGUUUUGGUCCAUUUUACCUUCAUGCAUGCCAAGCUGCAGUGUUUUCAAGGAAAGCACAUGUACCAGUAUGAAAAUUUACCUGAUACUCUUAGAGUUGAGGUAGUUUUUCAGACUAGCACUUUUAAAGGUUAGAACAUCUUUGCAAUCUGGCCGGUAGUGAAGCAAAGUUUUUUUUAUCUAUUUUAUUUGUUCUUUAUUUUUUACUGGGGUGGCCUAUCUUAAACAGUUACUUUUGUGGGGGUAACCAGGAAUGGUAAACAUUGAGACUCAUCCCAAACCUGGAGUUAAAACCACUUCUCACAAAAAAUAAAAAAUGAUGGCUAAAAAAAGUUAUAUUCUUGUUUUAUUUCUAACUUUUAAGUGUUAUUUAAUGGAGUGGUGACAGUCAAGUCUGCUGAGAUGAUUGUUUGAUGACUCAAAAUAAAAUGCUUUUCCAAAGUCGACAAAUGCAGCACCAAGAAAAGAAUGAUAAAAAAAUAUUACCAACCAGGUAAAUAUCACAAAAAACUGCCUCUGACAAGACAAGUAGCCAAUCCUGGUUUGGGAUCUUAAGGUGACCAGUCAGAUUUCAGGCCACCCCUUGACACCGCCCCACUGCUAACAUGCUGAACAUACUAUGUGCUGUUAUGUUCAGACACUUUUGUGCAGAAAAGGGUGAAAUGCUUGUUGUGAUUUUGGCUGCAUGUACUUAGUAGUUUGGAUUUGCAUUACAGGCUGUGUAGAAUCAAGUGUCUGGGGUUCUUGAUCCAUAGUUAGUUUGGUCCUUGUGUCAAAAUAUCACAGCAUACUGAAGGCUGUUGUAUCUGUCUGUUUCCUCUACACACAUGUGGACCCUGACAUUGACUUUACUGUGUGUGUUUUUCAGAGCACCAGGUUCAGGGUCCAGUAAAGCAUGUACAUUUCAGUUUGGCUUCCAAACAUUUCUUUGCAUUAGCCCAGUGUUCUUCAGCCUAUGUGGUGCCCUGGGGUGUGUUUCUUUUCCCUAUCAUUGAACUUUUGCAAAGCUACAGUUUUGAUGACCUGAUGACCUGUUGUUUCAUCAAUCUGCUAUUCACUCCCUGAUUGGCUGCAUGUGUAGGCGCACUACAGAGACCUGCAGAACAGAGAAAAAAUGUGAUCCAUGUCUCUUGUCAUACUCUUGCCAUACAGCUGCAGACUGAGACUGGCAAAAGUCUUGGGUCAUAUUUUAUAUGGCUAUUUUUUUUUAACAUUAGGGGUAGAAAACUAGUUUGGGGUCUACAUUGGUACCAAUGUGGAACCCAGAUUAUCUGGCAAAGCUGCAAAUUGCAGAUCUGGUCUUACACCCCUUGAACUGCUUGCAGACUCAUCUAAACUAGCCUGAAAAUAUCAAAAAUCUUUAAUUUGAAGGUUUUGAAAUGGCUGGUGCCAUUCAAAAAACUGUCACAAGUUAAGGAUUUGAUGCUUCUGUAUGUUCAAACCAAAAGCUAAACAGUACUUUUGGACUUUGGCUGCUCACAUACAGCGACAAUAGCAAGAGUCUUUCAAAGCACAGUGAGAAAUGUGGGGUCCAUUAAUGUCCAGCUGCUAAGAACACAUCAGGUAGGCACACUGUGGCAGUGGGUGAAGGGACUCCAGUCCACAUUAUUAUCUUCUCCUGCUCCUCAUACUUGAGUGUCAAAUAAAGAUUUACAGUAUAUGCUGCUGAAAUAGUCCCAAACAGGCACAUAUUUCUUUUGCUUUCAUUUAUUUAUUUGAAAAUACAAACAACAUAUGUCGAAGUUAAAUACUGAUUAUAAACAUUACUGUAAGAGGGCAAGGGUUUCAUUUACUGUGACUAUUUUGGAAAUUGUAAAAACGACUGUUUCUUCAGCUGUUGGCACUUGACCCGUUGCACCAGUGUUGGGAGUUAGAAAUUAGGAUUAAAAAAAUCCUCUGUCUUGUUUCUCACAUCACUUUGUGAGAACUUUGGUGCUGAAGUUUGCAGUGUGUCCUCCAAAGAAGAGGGCUCAGGGUUUGAACCACUUCUUUAAAACCCUUUCUAUGAAAAGGAACAUGGACAAAGUUACAAAAGCAGUAAAUAAAGAACAAUAACAUAAAUCAAAAUAGUCCAAGUAGUAUUAUUCCUAAAUGGCAAUUGUCAUUAAAAAAAAAUUCCAUUUAGUGCCUUUACAGUGUUUGGGUUUUUGGUUUCUGUGGAAACAAAAUACAGUCUCCCACAAAGAGGCAAAGUCUCUGAAAAUGUGGUCCAUGACAGAUCUUCUGUACAGAGUUUGAGCCACUUCCUGUAAAAUUAGUCUUAGUCAUGUCACUUGUUGGUUUCUGAAAGGGUAAGAUGUGACCCAUCGAUCAUUGGAAAUGCUGACUCUCUCAAACUUUUGAUCAGUAUAGAAAUAGACGAAGAGGAGGAGCAGAGGCCGGCCCUUCGCCACUUACAAAUAGCUAUAAUGCACCAACCUGUCAAACAACUCACCAUGCCAUUUAUUAUGCAAAUGGAUGCAUAACUUUAAGUCUUAAUGAAUAAACAGAAAAUGUUCACCUCUAACAUUUUCCAUAUGUAAGAAAUGAGCCUUUGUGACAAAAGCUGUUGAUUUGUAUAAUUUUGCUGGUAAAAAUGGGCUUUUUAAUACCAGUCAUGUUUUCCUUCAGGCUUGCACUGGUCUUCUUGUGGAGUUCUUCCAGGCAUGUGCAUGUGUGGGUGCUGUCUAAGUAUGUUGUGAUAUAGGUGUCAGCCCUCCUGCGAGUCUGAAUACCAUAAGCAGUAUAGAUAAUGGAUGCUUACCCUUGACAUGAAGAGAUAAUCCUUAUUUGAAUUUCUCAAUUUUUCAGCACUGCUGGGUUAGGUCUCCAGCUUUGCCUGUUUCCAGAAAAUUUACCUCACAGACCCUGGCUUGCUCUCUCAGUCAAAAAAACAUGCACUCUAGGUCGAUUUGUGAUUUAAUGAUUGGUGUAAGUGUGAAUGCAACAUAAACAGGAUUGGCUGAGAGUAGGCAGCAAAAUUUGUGGAAAAUUUUUUCGAGAAUCUACAAAGAAUGUUUAAAAAUGUUAUAUAAUUUAUGAAGAUUUGAAGAAGCUCCUCUAUAAAUCAGAAAGCUCAGAAUUAAGACUUUGGUUUUCGUUCUUAUUCUGUUUCUUUCAGAGACAGCUUUCAGUUUGAUUUUCAUAGUAGAUGGUGUUUUUUUAAUUUUCCCUAUGGCUUGCAUUUGACAUUUUGUUCAAAUCAAAGGCUCAGCAUGUUUCAUGUGUUGUAAUUUCCAUUGCUCUCAAUCACAGCAUCACUCUUGUUCUUCACUUUCUGAUGCAUAUCGUUAAAUUUUUGGAAAAAGGUUUAGUACACUUACAGGAAAGGUGUUUCCCUUCUUAAGGUGUUUGCACAUUAAAGUAUAAAAUCUCCAAAAACUUUCAGAACUUGUGCCUCAGAUGGGUGGGAAAUUGGGUGGUUCGCCAAUGUUCUUUGCAACAGAUCACAGUGGAGCGUUUUUAUUCGUAUCUAUCAGCAAGAUGAAGAUGACUAUUUCAUAUAUGUCUUGGGGUCAGUGGUCUGUGCAAGUGAACAGCACUUUAAAAAAAAGUCUUACUGUCAGCAAAGAAAUUCACCAAAGUGUAGAGUUGACCCCAAUCUGCAAAGGUUGAUAGCCUGGCUGGUUUUCUGGAUCUCCAGCAGGAUGCUCAACAAAGGGAUUAAGCUAACCAGCAUCUCCUGUGGUAAUACAAAUGCUGUUAACGAGGGCCACAUACAAACACAUUAAAGAAAGAAUCAAACUGGCCCUCCAAACUUUUUUGUGAAAAAUGUGAUGGGAGUACAAGUAUAAGGUGAAACAAAUCAUAAAACCAUGAUGCUGAUGUUUGGAAAAAGAACAGAUUAAUCAAAGCAAAGGUAAAAGAACAGAAGCAUUGAGACUGAGAUAAAGAGAGGGGGAGAGAAUAAUACAAACAAAUGAAAAAGUUCAGUUUGAUGGUCUUUAGUGACAUGAAUGUUGAAAUGAAAGUGAUCCUUGUCCAGAAAUGUCAAAUAAAUCUGAAGAGUUGAUGUCAGACAGGGACUCUUCAACAAGUAAGCAAUAACAAAAAUAUCGAAGCUGAACACAACCCCCAGAGUCAAACACACCAUCACCGCUCUUCCCAGUGUCUGUUGUGUUUAGUGUUGUUGUUCCUCUGGUUGGAGAGCAGGAGCUUGUUUGUGGGGUAUGGGGCACGGCGUUGUCUUGGAGCUUAGUCCUGUGCCAUCUGUCCCCUGCUCUGAUCCUAUUUGAAAGGUUCACUGAAGAUUACACUGGACAGUGCUGUGGUGUGCAGAGCUGGAAUCGUCUUACCUACACCUGCUGUGUUCCUCACGAGGCUCUGAUCUCUGCGCUCCUUAACUCACUGAUUCUUUAAUUGAUCGAAAGAGAGGUUACAAAAGUGAAGAGGGUUCAACCUCUGAGGAUUCUGAGUUUGAGACAAGUUUUAUGACUGUUUGUCUCAGCGAUCUUUAACCAAAAUGAAGUUUCAUAGGUUAGAUGUUCACUGUUUGCUGUGGUAACUUUCUGUAAUAACACAAAUUUAAUGUAAUACAAAGAAACACAAAAAUGUAAAGAAAUGAGAAUAUAUCAGUGUUUUCGACUGUAUCUCGGUUUUAAAAACAAAAAUAUCCCUGAUUUUGAGGGUCAAAACCCGCCUUCUUCUGACUUAAAGGCUGAACCUGACUUUGUUGUUUCCCCUUCUACCAGGUCGGUAACAGACCCCAGAGACGGGAAGCGAGUAGCCCUCAAAAAGAUGCCCAAUGUCUUCCAAAACCUCGUUUCCUGUAAGAGGGUUUUCCGAGAGCUGAAGAUGCUGUGUUUCUUCAAACAUGAAAACGUAAGUACCCAGGAUAAAAUCAUCAAACUGUCCUCAAAGUUUCUAAGAAGAACUUGUGGUUUUUCUGAUUUUUAAUGUCCCUCAAGACAGAAUGGUGUCUCAUAUUAUACCCAAGCUUCUUCCAUUCAUGUGCAGGUGAUAUUUAUCAAAAAUAAAUACCAGCCUGCUUUCUUUUACCAUAUUCCUCACCAAGAAUCCUUGCUCUGAAAAAAUAUUACAUAAAAAGGCUGUUUCUUGUCUAGUCUGACACCUUCCCCUUCACAGCAGUUAUAUGCAUUAAAAAUAACUAUGGAAAUAGUCAGUCCUGUCACUGAUGGUCCUACUUGAUUUUAAAGGUCAAGAAAAGGCCUGUGUCUGAAUGACUGCUGCAAACAUUACAUUCAUUACAUUGAGCAGCUUUGAUUUGAAAGAGUUGUGAGGCCAGGGCCUGAUUCAAAGUAGUAAAUUCCAGAUAGGUUCAUGCCAUUUCUUCAUUUUUCAGGUUGUUUAAUUUUUAUGUAAAACUGCAUAAACCAGUAAAAGGAAGGGAAUGGUGAAUGUGCUGAACUCUGGACUUUUAUCCAGAAAAUGGGUGUUUGAGUCACAUUGCACCUUGGACUCUGACCCUGUUGCAGAAAUUGUCAUAGUCAGCUGCAGUAUUGUUGAAAAACUGGUUUCCCUGAAAAUACAGACGACAUGACUGGUCCUGCACUGUGCAGAGGAUUGUGGGUCAGAUAACCAAAAUGUAAGAGAAUCUGACUUUCAUCCUACAAAAUGCUUGUUAUGCUGUUUUAAAACUAAACCCUUUCUUGAGAUACCAGGAGGUUUUAAAACACUUCAUGCCCCCCAUUGGCUGACAUUUUUGAAAAGGCUGGUUUCCUUGUCUGGCUGGGUCUAGCACUUGCAUACAAAGCCAAAACUACUUGGCUAUACUAUAUGAGAUAUGCUGUUUCUAUACAAAAGCCUUUUCUGGGUUACCUAAUUGGACAAAAUUAUGAGUUUUACAGUAUGAGUCAAUCUGAUUUCAUCAAGCCUGAAAGGUUAAGAUGUACUUUUUGCAUCUACAUAAUCAACAUCUUCAGUCUCACAAGUUAUUAGAAAAUGUGAAAUAUGGCAAGAUAUUGAGUCAUUACAUGCAAACUUGCAUUUUCAAAGCAUUUUUUACUAUAAUUUCUAAAAAUUAUGGCACACGGCUAUAAAAAAAUCUUGAAAUAUUUGAGCAUUUCAUUUUGAGUUAGAAGUAUUUAACAAAUCAAACACUGUGUAUCUUUUUGUCUACGUCAUCACACACAUCCACAAUCAUGGUGCAGACUGCUGAUUUGUCUAGAAGACAACCGUGGACACCCUUCACAACGAGGGUUAGCCACAGAAGGUUGUUGCUGAAAAGGCUAGAUGUUUACAGAGUGCUGUAUAAAAAUAUUUCAGUGGAAAGUUGACUAGAAGGUGAAAGUGUGAAAAGAAAAAGGUGAAAGAGCAUCAGUGAGGACUGCAGCCUUAAGAGGAUUGCAGAGAGAAGUCAGUUUAAAAACUUGGGAGAGUUUCACGAAGAGUGGACCGAGGCACUACCAAACACCAUGUCUGAGGCCUGUUACCUUUGCUGGGGAGAAAAAGAACUAGACUUUUGCUUAGUGGUCACAUGACUCUUUCUGACAAAGGUCAUUUAAGCAUUUUAUUUGAAAAUCAUGGUCCUAGAAUCUGGUGAAAGGUUGAUGAAACCCAAAACACAAGGUGUGUUUGUUGUCCAAUGUGAAGUUUCUGUAGUCUGUGAUGAUUUGGGGGCUAUGUUACCUGCUGGCGUUGGUCCAUGUGUCCAACACCAGUACUUAUGCUCCUAUUGUCUGACAUUUUUGGAGAGGCUGAUUUCCUUUUCGAGCUGUUAUCCUUUUUAAGAAAAUGGAGUACUAGAUAUCUUAUUCUGAUGAGCUUUAAGCCCUGGUCAUCAAAAUUAAAACAAAAAGGCUUGAAAUGUUUUAUGAACGGUUUCUGGAUGAGUAAUAAAGCAUUCCCACAAUAUUCAUCUUUUUAUAGAUGUACCUAAAACAGCCAACAACCAUGACUGUAAUCCUGAUGCAAGCCAACUGGCAAACAUUAUGUAUCUUAUUUUUUUCUCACGUAGGAUAUCCUCAUCUGUUCUGUAAUUUAUCAGGUCAAUAACCCAGAUUCACUGAAAAACUGAGCCUGGCAACAUUCAUUAUCUGCUGUAAUUUAAAUGGUUAGUUUAUAACACAUCCAGUUGGCAGAGGUAAAACAACGUUCAGAAAUGUUUUUGUAAAAUCUAUUGGUCACAUGACCCUCAGUAGCAGUGGUCUCUCAAAAUGAUCCCAAACACUUCUGUUAUAGACAUUUACAUAUUGAUAACCUUAAAAAAAAGGAAACUCUAUGUAUUAAAGGUGCAUCAGAAAAACUCAGUUCUCCAAAAAAAGAGUUUAAAAUUGUAGAUAUCAGAAAAUAAAUUUCUCUUAGCUGACUAACCUGUGACAGAAGGAUAUGUAUUGAUCAUGCUUCACCUGAGAUUCACCCCAGAUCUCACCUCAAUUCUUGUAUUCAUGUCUGAUCUGAUUAUGCUGGUGGAGUUAAGGUAUUGAAGAUAUCGUGUUAGUGGCUUUUCUAAUUGCAAAGGUUCUGUGAUCAGAUGAAAUCAUGCAGAAAAGAUGUCUCCUGUUGUUUACCUGUGAACUCUCUCCUCAGGUGCUUUCUGCUCUGGACAUACUGCAGCCUCCACACAUCGAUUACUUUGAAGAAAUGUAUCCUUUAACAGUUACUCUGAGGUCAGUUCAGAGUGCCCUGGGUUGAAAGAUGCGUCAAUCACAACAUAGAUGGGAAACUGUAUGAAGUUAUCAUAAUGAAAUGGCUCCAUACACAUUAGUACCUACAAAACAAAAAGAGAUUGGUGAUGAGGGAUGGGGGUUUUAUCCUCUGAAUAUUUACAGAUUGUAUUGAUGCAGGUCUAUAAAAAAGGAGGCAGCCUGCCUAAUGAAAGUCAUUUGGCCAAAAUCCGUCUUACCUUCUCAGAUCCUCUUUUGCUGUUUGAGCUUCUGGGCCUGAUCCAAAAUGACUCUCAAGCAUAUGCACACACACUCGAGUACACACAAUCGCAUGCACAAACACAAUAACCAACAAAGGAAAGUGUAGACGUAAGUGGUUUAAAGUACAACUUUCUACUUUGGAAAACAAGAAAAUAUAUAUUUUGAGCACGCUCCCCCACAGCAGUGUUUUUAUAGAACUCUAUUAAUAAAACUUAUGAAGACAAUUAAGGUAAACAUUUCCAAUAAGUCAGUCUGAGCUCUUCUGUCUUUGAACUUGUGACCUCCCUCUAGUGGCAUCUCUGAAUGCAGGUAGUUUGAAUUCUUCAUUUUGAUGAUAGACCUGACAAACCAUGACAUCAGACUCGUGAUGAUGUUUCAUAAAAUUAGAAUCUUUGUAGCCUGUUACUUGUAAUACAAACCCUGUAAAAUCGGUUUAUUUUGGAUCGAUGCUGUUAUAUUCAUUAGAAGUUCAACUAUGUGUUCAGGCCACAUGCUGAACCAUUUUUCGUGCAUCAUAAUAAGGCAUACAUAUAUGGUCUUGAUGAAAAAAUGCAUGUCAGACAAAUGUCUUUAUUAAUAAGACAAGUUUCUCAACGGGAGGAAGGAGUUUUUGUGAACAAGAAAUGCAAAAGCCAUCAAAACAUCAGUCUGCAAAACUCUGUAGAUGUUUAACUCGUUUUGCAGAAAGACCUGAAAAAAUCCAGAAUUUGGACUUUAGAAAUCUGCGUCAUGAUGGAGUUAUUUUAAGCAUCCAUUCAGCAUAUUAAUUGUAUGAAACCACAGCAAGCAAGUUUACUUUGGGUUCAUAGUGCUCUAAGGCAUAAUGUAAGACAUUUGUAAGCCCUCUUAAGUGCAACAUUUUUCAAAAUGCAGUGAAACAGACUCCCUGGUUAUUGGUGGACAGGGGCUCCACAGCUGAAACAGAACACUGGUAGUUGGUGUAUAUAAGAGGUGUCCUGGUACUAGUCCUAGCCAAGAGGUCAUUCAACUCUACCAGAGAAAAUUCCUGCAGUCCAGAGAAGGCUGUUUCUGUCUUUUGAUUAUUCUCCACAUUACAGGGUGCACACACAGCGGGUAAUAAUUUGUGUUUAUUUCUCCACUCUCCAUGAUGCAGCUGCCUUUAUCAGGUGGUUUUCCCUCCAUAGCUGAGGUUUUCUGCUGACUCCGAGCUUUCCUGACUGCGGAGAUGCUUUAAAAUACUGUGUCCAAAUUAGUUUAAAUCAGCAGGGUUCAUUAAUCAUACAGCGUACAAAGAUGUGCCCCUCCUUGGAGAGUUUUCAGCGGUGCAGGGAUAUUUAUGUAGAGAAUCUGCAGGUGAAAAUAUCAUAGAUUCAGAUCACUAGAAAAUCAGCUUUAUUCACUUUUUUAUGAUUGAACAAUAAUCAGCUUUAAAAUGAAGCAAAAUUUUGAUCCUUGCAACCUGGAAAAAGACACAACAAGCUGUGCUGGCAUCAGUAAUUAACUUUUUAUUAGCUCAAAACUUAAUCAUGAAAAGAUGAGACUGGGUCAUACUGAAGAUGUAAUAUUUAGAAAAUAAAAAAAUGUAUAUUCAUUUAUGUCACAAGGAAAUCAAUAGCACCUGACCUUCAAUAGAGAUAACCUGCAUUCCUCAUAUUCCCCAGUCUGGCCACGUUAGGAUUUUAAUGUAUGAAGUGUUCAGCUUUUUGUUUUUAGUUCAAGCAGAAUUGACCAGUCAGAUAUUCGUAGGUUUUGAUGUAUUUAAAAAAACAGCCUGUAUAGAGAGCAAAAGCAGACAGAGCACAAUACGCUGUAAUGACAUCCGAGCUCCUAUCAGCGGCCACCUGACUUAGGUUUAUUUACCUUCAUUUAAAAUUUACAGUAACCCUUAGACCUACCAGAAUAUACACAUGGGGGCUAAUCGAGGGGAUAUAAUGAACCAUGAAAUGAUGGGGUUUGUUUUGAAGGCAUCUGGAGGGAUCUGGACACAAUUGUUUUGUUAAUUGCGAAUUGGACAGUAAACAAUACAGCACACAGAACAGAAAGUCUGGGUAUGUGAAGGAUCACUGAAACUCUAAUAAAACACAAAGUAAUGACAUGAGGAAAGAGUUUGUGAGUUUAGGUUCUUUAUUCUUUUGCAGAUAUUUUCUUCCACCAGUUCUCAGUUAUCUCCUUUUUAUGCUUUUAAUUUACUCUAUGUUUAGCCUUAAUCUUCCUUCGGUCAGAUAUGUGGUGACUGAACUGAUGCAAAGUGACCUCCAUAAGAUCAUCGUAUCACCGCAGCCUCUGAGCUCAGACCACGCCAAAGUUUUCCUCUAUCAGAUUCUACGAGGUACGAGCUCCUCUUCAUUUUACUGUUAAAUGUUUUGUCUGUCUGAAAAUUUCAAAGCGUUCUCACUUACAAAAUGUGUGUUAAUCUCUGGUCUCUGGCCCAUUUUACUCUGUAUGAGACCAUAAGCUCUUAAGGGAAUAAAUCAACUUCAAGACUUCGUCACAAUCAGACUGUUCUUAUAACCAGUGAAGUCUUCCUCUGCUGGACAACAGAAAGGCUCAGAGUCAGGAUAUUCAGCUGUGAUAUCAUUCCGUUAUCUUUUCCCUUCAGGUCUGAAAUACCUUCACUCUGCUGGCAUUCUGCACCGAGACAUCAAACCUGGCAACCUCCUGGUCAACAGCAACUGUGUGCUAAAGGUGAGAGCAACAGCACAACUUGUUUUAUCAUGUCAAUCGAACAUCAUGAUCCACAGCAAAAGAAAAAAAAAAUCCUGUUAUGAAUUCUGUUUUCUUGAAAUACUCAAUGAUCAGAAUAUUUUUCUAAAGGUCCAAAUGAAGUCUUGGUAAGUGAAUGGUGAAUGAGCUUGGGCUAGAGAGGUCAACGGUGUGUCUGGAUUAUGUUAACAUAUGGUGACCUCUUACUGCCUUUUUCCGAGGAGAUCUUGCAUAUUACAAAACCACAUUUUUCAUUUAUAAGACCAGCAUGGCUCUGCAGUAGAAGAGUCCAGGUGCUAAACUGGCCUACCUCAUGUCCAAAAUGGUAACCCAUUGAAAACGCUUGGCAAAUGUAAAUUUCACAAAGGAGACCCCCAACUAUUGAGCAGCUGAAAUCCCUUAUCAGACAAGACCAGGUUUUCUUCGUGAUGUGAAGAAUUUGAGGAAAGUUUCAGUAAUGACGUCUUACUUAAAAAAUAAAAAUACCAAUGCACGCACUGGCAGAGUUCAGAGAGUUUAAAAAUAAGGGAUGCUCUUUAAUAAAUAUGCGUGGACUUCCCCGUUAUAGUCAGUGUGUGGGAAUCUUCAUGAUGUAACACCUCCUGUGCCUGAUGAGUAACACACACACACAGAGCGCCUGUUUCCAUCUGAGGAUGGAGAAAGACGUUCAGAAUAAAGCUGUGAGGAGGAAAAAGCUGCUCUACUAACACCACAUCGUCUUCCAGAUCUGUGACUUCGGCCUGGCCCGGGUGGAGGAGUCAGACGAGUCACGCCACAUGACUCAGGAAGUGGUGACGCAGUACUACCGCGCUCCAGAGAUCCUCAUGGGGAGCCGCCACUACUCCAACUCCAUCGAUAUCUGGUCCGUGGGCUGCAUCUUCGCCGAGCUGCUGGGCCGACGCAUCCUUUUCCAGGCCCAGAGCCCCAUCCAGCAGGUAACCUGUCACCUCAGAGGACAGAAAGAAACCAGAGGAGACUUCACUCCUCGGGAAAUCCCGAGGAAAAGUGUCUUGAACACGCUCUAAAAAAAACAUGUAGCUAUUUAUACUGAGUUUCAGGAAUUUACUUAGAUCUCUGCAACAGGAGUCUAUUGGUAACAUGAUCAGAGUAAAGCACUUUUGAUGUCAGGACUUCAAUAACACAAAAAUUAAAGCAGUAUAUUGGAUAGAUCUCUUGACGGUUGACGGAAAUACCUUUGAUCUGUUUUCUCUGACAUACUUAACACUGGUUUUGUCGUCUUUGAUAAUUAAACUUUGUAACACAAAUUUUAGUUCACAGUGAGUGUUUAGUGUCUCCUCUGCAUUGAUAACCAGUGUUUUAAAAUAGGCAUCCUAACUCUGUCUAACUCUGAGUCACUUCGCUCUGGAUGAUGAUCACCAUCUCACCAUCUUUUAUCCUCCUGGGCCUGUAGUUGUGAGCGGUGGCUUGCCUCAGUCAUAAGUCACCUCACCGAUAAAUGAAACCAUUCUCUGCUGUGAACAAAUACUGGCUUUGUAAAAUCCAGACCCUGAAUUUAAGACAGGCUUUAUCAGAUGUGCUUCAAGGAAAAAUUUUUUACAUUUAGGUCAUUAUGCACUUUGCAAAUGAAUAAGGUAGCUGUUAACCGUAAAACAUUUUAAUGAGCUGUGGGCCCAACUUUCUGAUAAAUGGAAAAUCCUUGUGGUUGUCAAGGAGAGUUUAAAGUUGAGAAUAAAAGAUUUGAAUGCAGAUAAAUGGGAUUGGUUUAUACGGAUAGGCUCUUAACAAAGCAGCCUCUGCUAUCAGUGAAUGUAAAAGUGCUUGGAGUGGUCAGAUGAGUGGAGAAAGUGCUUUAAAAGUACAAUUUUCUUUUAAGAUACAAUAAUAAAAGCAUGUGAAACAUUGAAGAUGAAGCUUAUUUUGAUCAUCUGGAUUCCUGCAUCAAGAUCCUCUGAGUUUUCCUGUGAUGACAGGGGUGUCAGGGAUCUUAAAAUCUUUUUUUCUAUUACAUCACAUCAUCUAUCUAUUGUUUCUAUCAUUAGGUUGGUUCAUCAAUCAAUUGUGCUUUCUUUUAAAACUUACCUGAGUAGGUUCAUGAAUAAAUUCAAUUUUCUCAGUUUAUUUUUAUAUUUCUGAUAUCCACCUCCUGCCUCUCUUUCACACAUACACACACAUGACGCACCUACAGCUUUCUCAUUACACACACAGGCAUGUUUUGUCCCGCCCACUAAAGGUGAUUCACAUGUGAACAAGGUUUGGCGUGACGUAGUAUGGCAACAAUGCACGAUAGUGUGGAAUGAAAUCUGCAGCAAUUUGUGAGGCGACCCCAUGUGCUGGGUGUCGAGAAACUAAAAAAAGCCAUCUGCACAUCCAUGCACAUAGGAUGCAAAGUCAAACCCAUGGUUUAUAAUCAGGAUAUAUGGAUUUGUCAGACUGUGAAUAUGAAUUUGUAGUCUGUACUUACAUAUUGCAAAUAGUGCAUGCAGAUAUGGGAUUCUGCAAAGUCUGUGCAAGGCAGUUGUUGCAUAGAUGUUCCUUGCACUAUUGCAAAGGCAAAUUCACCCUUUGGGAAAAUAAUUUGCAUCUCAUCUAAUUACUUGAAAUGUCUGACAUUUAAAUUCCAAAACAGAUUUAAAAAGUCAUCAUAAUUUAAAAAAAGGUAUCUUCACAGCCACAGGACUAAAAUCAGUCAUAAAGAAGUUGCUUGGAAAUUUCUUAGGCUCUGCUGGCAGAGAGUAAACAGACAGCCCAACUCAAAAAUAGCCUUUCAUUUUUAUUUUAUAAUACUGCUUCAGUAUGUACAAUGCCGAGGCUUUAAAGAGCAAAUGUCAUGUUUGUACUGUGAUGAAGGAUGCAGUGUCAGUAACUAUAUUUUGUUAGAAUUGUUUGGAUUAAAUAAAAAGGAAAAAACGAUAAAGCAUAAGGUUCCUGUACCUUUAACAAUCAUUUGUCUGUGUCUGUUCUGCAGCUUGAUUUAAUCACUGACCUGUUGGGGACUCCGUCUAUGGAGGCGAUGAGGACGGCGUGUGAAGGAGCUCGUGCUCACAUCCUCAGAGGGCCUCACAAACAGGUGAACAGUCUGUACCUGAGUCACUUGCAUCAUAGAUACAUGUUUGAAUCAUAAAACAUUGUUCUUGUUUUAAUCAUAAAACAAGAACAAAAACAGCACCAACAUGUUCUUGAAAGUGACAGGAGGAAGAAAGAACCAAGAAUUUCUCUGCACAAGUAUAAUUUUCUCAUUCAGACUUUGACAGUUUAGGCUUGAUUCAGAAUUUUUAGAAUAUUAAUGAUGAAGAUCUGGGGGAGGAUGGUUGAUGUUUUCCUGUUUUUCUCCUUGCAGCCAUCUCUCCCUGUUCUCUACACUCUGUCUAGCCAGGCGACCCAUGAAGCGGUCCACCUCCUCUGCAGGAUGCUGGUGUUUGAUCCGGUGAGUCACGCUGCUAUACAUAGAUCUGCAUGAUGUUUUUUUAAUGAAUGAAACCCACUCAGUCAGUCACCCAGGUGUAAUUAAGAUAUGUACCGAACAACAAAAUGUACACAGAGAGCCUGCUGUAGGAGGAAUAGAAGAUACCGAGAGAGGGGGAGAUAUCUAGCUGCAUCUUUGAGUCUAAACUAGAGGAAGACAAAGUUCAUAGAUUCUGUAUGUGGCUCUGGAAGUACAGAUACUUGUAUGAGGACAGACUGUAGUAUACUAUUCAUAGUGCUGUGCUGUAAUGUCUUCUCUGCAGUGUUAGUUUGUGAAUGUCUAGCGUAUUGAAGCUCACCUUCUAACUGUAGACCAUCAAAUAGAAAUUGUCCAAAUAAAGAAACACCAGGUGUUUUAAAAAAUGUUAGUCCAUGAAGAGGUAAUCCUAAGAAAACAAGACCUGAAUGGAUGCUCCAGAGAUUAAGAUAAAUGUUUUUCUCAUUAAUGAAUAUGUGUAUUACUUCUAACUUGAAUAUGUAUGUUUGUUUUCUAGUCAAAGAGGAUUUCAGCAAAGGACGCCCUGGCUCACCCAUACCUGGAUGAGGGGCGUCUGCGCUACCACACCUGCAUGUGCAAAUGCUGCUACACCACGUCAUCUGGCCGCGUUUACACCAGUGACUUCGAGCCUGUCACAAACCCCAAGUUUGAUGACGGCUUUGAGAAGAACCUGAGCUCUGUGAGACAGGUCAAAGGUUAGUUUGUUUACUGUUGAUUAAAGAUUCAUUUCUAGCCUUUAAAGAUAUAUUGUCGCCAUCAGGCAGAACUGUUUUGUCUUCAGGAGGUUGUUUUUCGCAUAAUUAACACUGCAUGAGAUCUAGUCACAAGCUGUUUUAACAAUUUUCAUUUGUUAAAUGUUAGAGAGCCAACUGACAGGCAUUUAGAGGUAUUAAUAUCAUUAAUGAAUGCAAAAAAAAAAAAAAAAUCAAACCAAUCAAAUAUGGAGAUGUGAAGUUUCUGCCUGACAGCGAGGACAUUUUAAAAUGUUUUUGAAUCCUGUGAAAAGGAGCAGCUUUCAAGUGUCAACUACAUGCCUGAUGAGAGAAGUUAAUCCAUUGGUUGAAGGAUAAGUUGUUUGGUAUUGGAUUCAUCAUCUCCUCUGACUGAUAGUUCAUCCUUUCAACUCGGUUAUUAAAAUGCCUGCUCUAUGUUGGUGUUACCUUUUUUCACUAUUAAGUGACUUUGGGUUGGGAACAAAAUAAGACAUUUUGUCUUUUUACCAGCUAAACUAAUUGAUUUGUUGACCAAUACGCCUUAUUUGAAAGUGAGACAAUAUGAGAGCUCCAUAGGAAUUAUUUGACCUGCAGCUAUUUAAUAAUAGGGUAACUCCUAUCUCUGUCCUCUGUUUGUCCAUAUGUUAUAUCAACAGAGAUCAUUCAUCAGUUCAUUCUGGAGCAGCAGAAAGGGAGUCGAGUGCCACUUUGCAUAAAUCCCCAGUCAGCUGCUUUCAAAAGCUUCAUCAGGUAAAAACCAUAAAACUGUUUUGUACUCCAAACCUUUAUAAAUCCUACCUCUAACUAAAUGUGCUCACAUGAUUGACUCAUAAUGACUCCGCCCACUCUGGUGUCUCCGCCCACAGCUCUACGGUGGCUCAGCCCUCCGAGAUGCCUCCGUCUCCACUGGUGUGGGAAUAACUGCUGCUGUUCUUCAUCACAUGUGUCCUGACAGGCUGCUAACCCGGGAACAACAAUGUCUUCUGCGUAGCAUUUCACUGGAGAGCAGGACUCACCUGCAGGACUUACCUGUAGGACUCACCUGCAGGUCUGCUGAAACUCAUGAAGUCCACUGAGCGUUUAUAUAUGAGUGUAUGUAUGUGUGUGUGUGUGUGGUACGGGGAUUUCAGAGGGGUUUAUAUCACACAUGAAUGAGAGAAAACUCUAGACCAAAUCAGAAUGUUGAAAACAAACCCAUCUGAUCACCUACUGCUCGAUUUUACUGUUAUUACAUUUUAAUGAAGUAUGUUUCUUUUACCAUAUAUAUACAGUAUAUUAGUAAAAGUUAAAGAAAGAUGUCUAUUUAAACUGACCUGUGAUGAUUAGAGAUGCUCCAAUGCCAAAACCAGAACAGAAAUGUCUCUAAUAGACAUAAGUACCCCAGUCUAUGCACCGAUCAGAUACCGUAAUCCAUAGAAUAGACUGAUCCUUUUACCCCAAGAAUAGUAAUCACAACACAUUAAUUUGCUUAGAAUUUCAAAACACAGUUUGCAAAUUGCUCUUGAUAAGUCACUAACACAAGGCAAUCAAGGAAAAUUAAAAUGAUUUUAAAAAUAUGUCCUACAAUGCAAGCUGCUCCCAUGUAUAAGGUGUCAUGGGUACCUGCUACCACUGUUUUAGAGCAGAGAAAGAGAACCAAUGUUGAGUCAGUGAUGAUGUGGUGAUAGCAACCAACAAAGCAAAGCAGCUAAUGUAACAUUAUUCAGAGCCACACUGAAUAAAUGGGUUUAUUUUGAAAAAUCCACAGGUGCUGCUGCUCACAUUAGUCUACCUGUUUGUAGGUGCUCUGCUUGUUUGUAGGAAAACAUUCCUUGUUUUAUUUUCCCUUGUUCACAAGGUUUUUAACAUGAGCUGAGAUCCUCCACUCUGACCUAUUGAUCAAACAACCAAAGUCUCUGAAUAAAAAGCUUCAGCAGCUUUGAAAGAAAGAGAUGGAUCUCUUUCUUUGUGUGUACAGAUGAGCAAAUCCAGGUAUCAGAGUCGGUUAUGGAUGGGGCAAGUCAGUAUUGAAACAUCUCUAAUCAUAAGCAGGCUCUUUGUUUUAUUACGCCCACCUUCAUCCUUGCACAGGUGAACCAAAUCCAAAUUCUUAUUCAGACAAUCGAUUGUAACUGUGUUUGGAGGCUAGAGGCAAUGAAGAUAUCCCUGUUUAUAUGAGAACAUGCACUUGGGCAUAUUGAAAUACUAUUUUUAGGAAUAAGUUAUUGCAUGCCCCCCUUAGUCCCAAUGCACAUUUGGCCAUUUUUUUUACUUAAAUGAAAAAUAAUUUGCCAAAGAUUAGGAGCCUCAUGUAUAAAUGAUUUUCAAAUUUCAAAGAUUGCUGGGGGUGUUAAAUUUAAUCUCUUAGCAUACUUUCAUAUGUCAUGUGUCUAACAGGCGUUCCUACCUGUUCCAUCAUUACAUCACCCUGCUAAAUUACAAAACUCUCAGCUAUCACAUCCCUCAAACUUGAUCAUACAAUAGACAGAAGUUGAAGAAUAUUUUUUUUGUAGUUUUUGUCUUCUUUUUUUGUUUGUUUUAAAAAAAUGACCAUAUUUAGACAAGAGGGUGGAGCUAGGAAGGAGUAGUGGUCAGCAAAAACUAGAUUAUCUGCUACCACCAGUAAGAUCAGCUUUCAUUUAUGCUGUGACUCUAACUAGAAAGCACAUUUUAACUAGCUUAAGUCAGGCUAUACAAAGAAUGUACCUACUGAAAGAAUUGACACUGAAUUCCUCCAACCCUUAAAACAAUCUUUGAGGCUGCCAACUUAUUAGUCCACUGUCUCUGCUCUGUGUGACUCUAAAUGAACAUCAUGCUGUAUUAAAGAAUUCAAACUAAAAAUUGAGACCGUAAACUACCAGUGGAGUUCGCCCCCUGCUGGAUGUUUGCAAGAAUGCAGAGAAAGACUGCAUCUAUUGUAAGUCCACUUGGAUACAGUCAGCAAUAUUGUGGCCUGAUGCCCUGGCAAGAAAAUUUGUGAAAACAGUUGGCACAAUUUAGAAGCAGUAAAUAUGUUAUGGUUGUGUUAUUCUGACCUCAACUGGUCCAAGAUUGAUUUUUAUGUAAAACAGAGGCAGUAGCUGUGAAACUACAAACAAUUUAUGCACCCAUCUAAUGCAUAAUGAUAUUUUUCCCCGCAUGAAGUGUUUUACAAAUCUAACACAUUAUAAUUACAUUACGCUAUACUGUUUUUCCUUUUUUAUUUAAUAGUGAUAUAUCUGAUCAUUUCAAAACGAGAGAUGAGGUUUUGUUUGUUACAAAACAUGAUUUGUUUUACAGGAUGAAACAAGCAAACCUAUGAGAGAUAUCACUUUGUCCACAGUGGGAGCCAAAGCAGAAAGUUCCUCACAGUAGCUUUAAAUAACCCCAAUACAGCACAUGGCUCAAUGUUUUCAAAAUGAAAAUUAAUGCCUCUGAGGUUAAAAAUCAAAAGACAGAAUUUCAGCCUUGGAGAUCUCAUUGAUUUACUGUUAUGGCUGACUAAGGCUGUGAUCAAAUAACAAAGCAAGAACUUUGAAAGAAGAUGUGAGAAACAAAACUGUAAAGAGGUCUCCAGACUGUUUGGAAACUUGUACAGGGAACAAACAUAACUAUUGGUUUCAUGGAUGUUUAGCUGUGAAAAGAAAAUGUUUUUCAGCUUUUUUUUUUCUUACAGCAAAUUCCAGUGAUUAAUUUUGACUCACAUUUAUACAUGAGGCUCUUUUAUAAUAGUAUUGAAGUUGAAAAUGUCAACUUUUCUCAAUAUUGUGGAAAAUGGUUAAAAAUGAACAGAUUUAUAUUGAUUAGAAGUAAUUAAGCUAAGUGAAAGUUACAUGAAUAAAAGUGUAACUCUUUCUGAGAAUUUAACAGUUCAGACUAAAAGAAGAGGAGCUCCUCUCUCUCUUCAUGUUGGUACCCAUGACCCUUCCUCUGCUAAUACUGAGUGUGUUCGAGUCCUGUCAGCCUGACUGAAGUGUUGUAUUAUGAAGGAUUGUGUGCUGUCCUCAUGCGUGCCUCCUGAUCACACCACUCUGACUGCAUCUCUAAACCUCUCAGAACAAAUUGAUCCCCAAAGAGUUGGUGUAGAAAGGUUUACUAAGCUCAGUAUGUUUCAGGGACAGUCCAGCAUCACCUGUGCUUUGCCUGCUGUCUCCACACGGCACAUAAGUACUGAGUUAAAUGGUGACCUCUGAAGCCCGCUGGAGCUUUUAGUGUCAGAAAGAAAUGCAAUCUGGGUCUUAUUUUUGUAACAGAAGACAUCUUUGUUACUUUAUUGACCACAUAGCUGACAUGCCAUCCACCUCACUUAUAAGCAGAGUCAUCUCCAAGAGUAAACUUGGUCUUACAGAAAUAUGUGAAAUGAUCUUGAGUCUAGAAAUUCAAAUCAACAGUAGCUUUUUUAACUUAAAAUCAAGGUUUAUUUGCAUAAUGAUAACCAUUUGGAAACAAGUGUCUAUGCAAAACUGAAAUACUUGUAGCUAUUCUGUAGACUUAACUAAUAUUGAGCUCUUAUAGACCCGUUUAUGGCUGAAGUCAUAAAAAUAUGUGAAUGCAUUGAAGGCAACAGAAGCAGCAUUUUGUUUCUUUCCUCCAGAUGAGUCAGCUUGCUCUAAACAUGAGUUAAAAUCUUUCCCUUCAUCAAACUGUUAGGUUAUUGCAAGUCCUCCAGAAUUCCAACAGGAUCAUAAUUCAUGUUUCUUUUCAGCCAGUGACCCUGUUAAGUGGCAGCACUCAGCUUAAAGAGUCAAUGGUUGUCUAGGUUACAACAGCUGUUGAAACACAGAGAGAGUCCUUGUGAGUGCAACUGAGUCUAGCUUUUUGUUAUAAUGUCAAAAUGCACUCAUCAGAUAUGCCUUUCAUGAAAUAUAAAGGCAUUUAAAAGAGACGCAUUUGGCUAAAAGUCGCCAGUAAACAAGGUCACACUUUACACUGAAACACUGCAGCGUCUUUAAAUGUGUUGAUGGUAGCAAAGUUCAGUUCAUUCAGGUUUUGACUUCAUUUAAAUAAUUUUGCUGGGGAAAAUCUGAUCCCAGCUGCCAAUCUGUUUAGUUAAAGAAAAAGAUGGUUACAGCGCAAGAAAAGCAGGACUUGAUAGGAGGAGUGUGAAAGUUUACAGAUGCAGAAUUCGUCACACAAAUAACCAUAAGAGCAAGUAAGCCUAAAACACCAGAUUACCCUGAUACAUAGGUGCGCAUUUUUGGGGCAUAGUUUUAAAUCUUGUUUAUAAUAACCCAAGUGUCAAACAUAGAGGUCUUGUGUCCUCACCUUGGGUUCAGAAAGGUUUCUUGUGUCAAGACACAAUUCCAGCUUCCAAGUAUCUGCAACCUAGUUAUGGUCAUUUCACAUGUUUUUUGUGUUUUACCGUAAAGAUUUGAAGCUGCAGUAAGAAGUCUAGGAUAAUUGAAAGUCAAACUAUUUUUUCUACUCGAAAAAAAGGACACAUUAUGCUGUUUUUAUCCUCUCAAAUCCUGCUUCAGUUUUGCUUUGGGUAUGGAUUAUUGGCACAACUUCACGCCAAUAAUGGUGUUUUGAUGCUCUUGUACAUCUCUACUGAAAGCCUUUACUCUUUCAUUUCUAAAGCAGUAGGAUGAUCACAGUUUCCAAGAAUAAGACCCAGAUUGUAAAGAAAUCCUCAGUGACACACAGCUUGUCCUUGCUUGAAUGAUAAAGUCAGACUGUCUUCACGUUCUGAACAAAAUAUUUCUUUACAAACAGAAAACAAACCGAGCUACAGAUGCUGUCAAACCAGCAAAUUCCUUCUCUGAAGUUGUUCAUUCUUUGUUCUGUCUACUUGAAUUCUUCCCCACUAACUAUCGACCAACUUUUUCUGUCAUUGAUGCAUUUAUUCACACAGCUCACCACAGGAUGAAGCUAGUAGCAUACGCUGUAUAAACAACGGUUUUAAUCAUGCUGACCCAGCGCUAACGUGUGCCCCUCUCCUCCUCACAUAUGAACACUGUCUGCAGAAAAAAGAGCUUUGAAGUAAAUUAUUUAAUAUAUUUUUAGACCUGUUUUCUGUUCCUGUUCUGGUGUCUCAUACGGCAUGCGUUUUCCUCACACUCAGAGUAAGAUUGUGUAUAUAUGUUACAUAGAAAACAGAUCUACACACCAACCUGAACCAGAGUACCACUGUAUAGAAAUUGUAUUAGCCUGCACAUUUCUAAGGCUGUGAAGUUAAUUUUAUUUUUAAAACUUGCAUACAAAUGUAUAUAUUUUCUUGAUUUUUACCCUGCAACUAGGAUCUGUAGAGGACAGCAGAGCCUGUACGGAUCCACAGAAUCCACAGUGGUGUUAGCUGUAUGUGGCGUGUACAGCAGAGUUGUAGAUAAAUCCGAGCAGAAGCCUUUUUUUGUUAUCGUUGGUAAUGAUAUGAUCACAGAAGCACUGUGUGAAUAUGUAUAUAAAGGACUCACCGUGUUGGUCUCUACCUCUGGAGCUCUAAAUCUUGGCUUUGUUUACCCCCCACGUGGUUCUCACUUUAUGUGGGGAUCCAUUUAAAACACUUGAAUGUCUAUUCAAGCUUUUAUACUGAAAGGAUAAAACAUACUUCCCCUUUCUUCUGUAUGGAGUCACAGAAGUGCCAAAAAACAAUAACAAAAAUAAUCUGUAAAAGAAAAUUAAAUACAUGACGGACAUAAAAUUAAGAACAAAAAACGGGACUAGAGACAAAAAGAUGUAAUUUUAUUAAUUUGUUCAUUUAUUUCUGUAUUUAUUUAAGAAUCUAUAUUUGAUUUUGUUUGGCCUUUGGCAAUUUAAUUUGCAAUAAUUCUCAGUCUUCAUAUUUUUUUUCAUAAUUACGUUACAAUAAUUUAUUAAAAUUUUAUCAGAUCUAUUUAUUUCCAUGCCCCUUCUUUGCCCCUUCUUUAUCUCUUGUCAUUUAUAUUUCUUUAUGAGUCCCCCUGCUUAGACUUUUAAUCGGAAAAAUAAUAUUCAGUAAAAAUUUACACAUCACUAAAAUGUAAUUAUUUUCAAAUCAACUAAAUAAAUAUAUACAGAAAUAGAGGAAGAAACAAGUAAGUUCUGCAGAAAGAUAUAUAUAUAUUUUUGGCCCCUCUAGGACUCCAUACUCCCCCCGCUCUCUCUUCUUGCACUCAUCAGGUGCAGAUUGUUCACCUGAGACUUUGAAUGAUAGGAUGUUUGUAUUCCAGUCCUUCAGAUAGCCAAGGGUUCCCUGACUGUUAGUCGAUUUUCACUCUUUGAUAGAACAGAGCCGGCGUGGAGGGAGAGUCACCGCUCAAACCUAAGCAGCUGUGUUCAAAGAUCAGCGUCCGCGACUUGGUUAAGCGCUUCACAUCACAACUUAUUCAUGGCCUGUUUUCUUAUUUCCAUAUGAGAUGGGAUAUCGAAGGAUUUAAUCCAAUCAGGAUAUCUUAAACUAGACUGACAUCUAAACAUUAGCAGAUAAAAGUCGGACAAUGAUGACAGAAUGAAAGACUUAUUAAUUUUUGGGCAUUAAAUGUUUGUGUGGUAUUAAAAGGAGCUGGAAGACUUUAAAGACCUAUAAAAGGACCCCUUAUUGUUUCUAAUAUUUAAGGGAGUGCUCUUUUUUUUUUUUUUUUUUUUUCUUUUUAUCUGAUUAGCUGCAGUAUUCCUUUUGUAUGCAGACGACACUGUAUUUUAUCUUCAUACAACACUGUAGCCAACUCCAAAUUCUGCCCAAAACCUUUGUUACUUUCUGGUCUGUUUGACUUGAAUGGGCUCUUAUUUCCCAAAGCAAACACCAUGACUUAAAACUAGAGAUUGAGAUCAUAAACUCAUUGGGAAAAUAUUUUCUGGGGGAAUAAAUGGGCCUUCAACAUAAAAUUGGCAUGACACAAAAAAAUCAAGAAAACAUGCCUAUUCAAAAAGGGUUGAUACUUUGAUUUGAGCAUGAAGAAGCCUUUAAAAUUAUUUAAUGUGUUGUCUAGUUUAUCACAAUAUGAAUUUGUUGAAUUUGUUCAUUUUCUGUUGGAUGUCAGUGUUAGUUUCAGUAUAUUCAACAUUCUUUGGCCUUUCUUACGUAACCAAACAUUGACCACACUAAGACCUCUUUGAGACUGAAUCAUACUAAAUUUCUAUCAUGUGGCCAACUGCACUUUAUUAAAAAAUAUCCCUUGUGUCCAAACCAUCAAGUAGAAUAACUGCACAUCGCCAAAACCUUUCUGAAAAAUAGUGGCAGUGUGUCCAACCCAUUAGGGAAAAUAAUUGCAAUAUCCGACAUUAAAAAAAAAAGCUGCACACUUGCCAAGCCGUUAUAAAAGAAAAAAAAUUAAAAUAUUCAACUUACUUAAAAAUCACUUUUUUUUAAAUAAAGACUGCAUUUUGUCCAACUCAUUUUGAAAAUUAAAUGUGAAAUGGCCAAACCAUUAUAAAAAAAAAAAAAAAACACCCUGAUCAAUCUGUCAGAAAAAUGGGAUGUGUCUGUGUCUGUGCUGAAUAUAUAUAUAUAUAUACACAUAUAUAUGAUUAUGUAUUAGCCCCCAGGCACCAGGAAAAGUUACUGCUGUUCAGCUAUUGUUAAAAAUAACUGCACAGUGUCAUUAUUUGUUACUUUUCUUAUUAUUUCUCUCCCAUUCAGCAAUCUGUGUUUCUCUACAGCAGAAAGAAGACAUACUCUGGGUGUUUAUUUAAAACUGAAAGGUAGUUUUCUCAGGAAUGAGCACAGCCAGCGCUGGUCCAGGCCGUCACUCUCCCUCCAUGUUGCCUGUUUGAACUCUUUGUGUAGAUAUUCUAGUUUCCUAUAUGUUUUAUUUUGUGUUGGAAUGAAGUACUUGAAUCAAAUGAUGCUCUUUUUGGAUAAUUGUAGAGUUAUAACUGACAAACUUUGUGUGAGACUAACCGCAACGCAGCAACUACUGAACUCUUUGGAUUCAUAUAAUUUGCUGUCCUGAACAAUGUUUGUAUAUUUGAUGUUUUAAUCAGAUGAACUGUAAUUUGAAUAAAACUUAUAUAUACAUACAUAUACAGUACAUAGACGUAUCUAUUAAACUCUGCAAUGGAGCACUGUAAGUCAAAGUAAAAGACUAGGUUUCUAGUUAUUUACAGUCGUUUUGGAACGUGUGCAGUCGACCCAGGCGCUGCCACCUGGAAAAAAGAAAACAUUAAAUGUGACAUUUAAAGAAUGCCAAACCUUGUUGUCCAUACUUCUCUAUCUCCAUGAAGACAAACGUACAGUGCAUGAGAUCAUUCUUGUGGAAAGCUCAUAAUACUGCAACAACAGUCACCCAAAACUUUUGUUAUAAGGACCCCUGGAUAGAAAAGUCAAAUAAAAGGUUAUAUGAGUAUUUAUUAUAGUAAAAAAGUUACAUGUUGCAGUCAAAACAUGAUGUUUACACCUGAAUAGACUUAUGAAAUUUGGGGUAAGUGGUUUAUGGAUGUCAGUAUGAAGUGAAUGUAUUGAGCCAGUCCUCUCAAUCUGCUUAAAUAGUAAGAGAUAGAUGAUGCCAGUAUCCAAAAAAAUCUACCAUAUUUAUUCACACUUGCGACAGUCUGAAGAGAUUGAACCUGCUGAUUUCAACGACAUUCAAGUGAUUUGAAGCUUGCUGUAAUACGGUGGCCCCAAAGGUCAACUGCACAUGCAUUUAAAGACCACAUAAAACAUGAUGCUAAACAAUGAAAACAUUUUACUGAGGCAAGAUUUCAUCAAAAAGUUAUGAAUUACAAAAACAUUUCACAAGUUAUAUAUUGGAUGAAGAUGAAAAAGAAACACAAUUAUUCUAAAAAAUGUGAUGAUCUUCAACCAACAAAUGAAGUUUAUCAUGAAAUAAAAUUUUCCUAGAACAAAAAUAUUUUACAAACUGUGAAUUAAAAAGUUUUGUGAGACAAUAAUAUUUCAUAAGACAAAAACUCAUCCUACCAUAAUUUUAUUCUUGCAUUGUGUUAUUUUUAAUUACGUUUAAAUUUUUGUUUCCAUGAAAUGUUUUUUUGCAGUUUAAUUUGUAGACAAUUUAAAUAAUCUCUCAAGAUUAAUAGCAGUCAACUACAAAAAAAAAAAAAUCCUUUACUCUUGAUUUAUUGAUUUGUGUUUUAAAAAAUACACAAAAAGGAAAAAGUUCUUUUAUUCUGUCAAAGAUAUGAUUAUUGACUGGUUUCCUCCCUCUUUUUUACACUGAAUACUUUUUCACUUUACUUUAUUUUUGACAAAAUGUUUGAACACUACACUUGAAGAAACUGAUUCACAUUUCUAACAACCUUCUUGCUCUAUAUAAAUGAUGACUAAAUCAUCUUUUUAAUCAAAGAAUAAAAUGAUCAUUUUUAGUUGCACAAAGCUGAUGUAAUAAGAAAAAAAUUUAUUUACUUAUCCAUAUUUUUUUGUUCGGUCCUCAGAUUACAGGAAAAUGGAAGUGUACUUUAGUGCGUUACUUGAUGCUCUUGUCACACACAAAAGACAAGAUGAUUUAUUCUGAAGAAAACAUUUUCUAUGAGCACAAAUAUUCAGACCCAGUUUAUUCACAUUAUAUUUUUAUUACUGGUCAAACAUGAGAAACAGUAUUUAAAUAUGUACAUGUUAAUACCUUGGACUUUUAAAUAUGGAACAAUGUUUUGAAUAUAUAGAUACAGCUUACACAGUGACUGAGGACACUACUCAUUGAUAAAAACAUUAAAUGGGAAAAUAUGAGUGAAAAUCAUGUGCAAAACAACAGGCAGGUCAUGGGAUCUCAUGGAUUUGGAGUUUUUUUCCAGAGUAAAACAUGACGGGUAUGAAGAGGCAAAUCCACAGAGGUGACUUAAAGAAUAUACAACAGCAAAUAUGAGACAUUCACAUUACAAUUAGCCUGCCAUAAAAUCAUAUACUUCUCCAAACCGUUUGCUGUUGACUCCAGUCAAUCAUGUUUUUAGCAUCACAAGAAAACUUCAUUUAAUUUGUCGGAAAUCUAGAGGAAAAAAAAAUUGAAAAAUGAAAAUUUACUCUCACAGAUGGUUAUUGUCUUUCAAUAUUUAAAAACAGGAACUUAUAGUUUAUCACAUAAAUACAUGCAUUCCUAUAACUAUGUUUGUAUUUAUCUUUAUGUGUAGAUUUUAUAGAACUGCAAACAGCUGACUUUAGAGCAUGUCUGGGUAAUUAAUUAAAAUCAUUCAUGUAUUUACUGAUGUAGGAUCUUCCCAAGUUAUGGCUAUUCUUCCUAGGGUCUAAAACAAGAAAAAAUACUCAAGGCCACAUAAAAAGUGAUGUGAAAGACUAAAGGAUGAGUCUGCAUAUCUCUGAAAGAGUGUGACUCAGGAAUCAGCAGGUCUAUAAAUAAAUAGACCUGCAAAAUAAUAAUAAUAAAAACAUUCCUUCAUGUGUCAAGGUUUGAAAAUGAAAAUGGUAACAAGAGUCAUACCUGUAUGGUUAAAGUCGGGUCAAAGACACACCUGAAGGUAACUCCAGAGCCCCUCUCAAAACUAUUCUGUCCGUCUCUCACAGUCUCAGUUUGGUUGUCAGUGCAGGGUGUGGCAGCCCGCAGUGUGUCAUCCCAGUUUAUAAAUUCAUCAUGGAAGAACAGAGGAGAGAUGCCAAGCUGCAGGGAGACAUUGGAGGACAGAUUAAACUCUAAUCCAGGUUUGGUUUGAGUCCUGAUCCACUUGAACACCUGAUCUCACCUGUCUGUAAAAAUCUCUCCCAGGUAUCGAGAUAGACGUAAGGAUGACUUUAUCUCCACUCCGUUUGAUCUUCCUCACUAUGUCUUCAUGCUCUGCAGACUCCACAGGUUCUCCAUUCACAGCCAGCAGCAGGUCCCCGUCCUCCAUCCCCAUCUCCUCAGCUGGACUUCCAGCAUCCACCUCUCUCAACACAUGGACUUGAUCACCACAGGAUCACAGGGGAGAAAGACGAAGAGAAUUUAAACCCACUAAUGAUAAGUCAGAGACAGGCCAGGACUUGUCUGAACAAGGUUCCUAUGCAAGUAUGGAAAGUAUGGAAAUAAUUUAAUCAAUUUCCAGGUCUUAAAAAGUAUGGAAAAUGAAGAAUAAAGUAUGGAGAAACAUUCAUGUUUACCACAGUUCUAAAAUACUGUUAUCUAAAAUAGAAAAGUAGGCAUAAUUCUAAAAAGUAGGGUAUGGAAAAGUAUGGACAUUCCACCUGUGUAGGAACCCUGUCUUAACCUUCUUACUCCCACAGUCCA